CCAAGCGCUGAGGGAGAGAAAGAAAGCGGCUGCUGCAGAGGAGAGGACACCGCUACAAAAUGAAUUCAACUUAUUAACAAAAAACUAGCGUAAUUUCAUUUUUAGGCGUCAUGGCUCACAAAGGUCGUCCUCGACAAUUUCCAACCAAAUGAGCUCCUUGGUUUUGUUGGGAGACAGAGGCACCUGACAGGAGAUUGACUCCUCUUCAAGGAUAUUAAAGGGAGCUGAUAUCACAGAUGAGAACAAUGUCUGAUGAGACAGAACAGAGAAUGUGUGAUGAGGACUUUGGUUCGGAUGAGGAGGGGGAGGAGGCAGAUGUGGAGUCCUACCUGGAGGACAACAGUAGUGAGCUCAUGGACAGAUUGAGAGAGCUGGAGGCAGAGAACUCAGCUCUGAUGUUGGCAAAUGAGAGUCAGAGAGAGGCUUAUGAAAGAUGCCUGGAUGAGGUGGCCAACCAUGUAGUCCAAGCUCUGCUAAACCAAAAGGAUCUCAGAGAGGAAUGCAUUAAGCUGAAGAUGUUAGUGUUUGACCUGGAGAGACAGAACCGGGCACUCUGUGAGCUUUUUCAGCAGAAACUGCCCAAUAACCCCACUGCUCACUACCAGGUUCAGCCAGGACCCCUCCCAGACUACAAUGCACAGCUGCACAAUGACUCUGCCAAGCAGGUGGAGCCUGCACAGACUGAAGCACAAGCCAAGGGAAAUGGCUACCGCACACAACAUGCCUCCCCAGGCCCUCGCGGCUCGGCUGCCUCCAUGGAGGCUCUGUCUCCCUUCUUCAAGAAGAAAGCACAUAUCCUGGAGGUCCUUCGCAAGAUGGAGGAGACAGACCCUCUCAAAUUCCACCCUUCCACCACUAGCCUGUCUUUCUGCGACUAUAGCCAGGUGCUCAUGUCCACAGAGACUGUUCUGGCCACUGCGGACCCCCUCCCACUACAAUGCAAAGCCCACCACACACACUGCCGCUGCUCCUGUUCCGACAGUGACACACACCAGCAUGUCAAUGGUGAAGGGGCAGUGAAGUGUGAGGGAGGUAACACCUGCUGUUUACACUGCAAGAGGAGCCCAGACGGUCCUCCCAAGCCAUGCAACCAUGUCUGUAGUCCUCCAAAAGCCAACUCAACCACCCAGAGCCAUGUUGUUCCCACAGCUGCUAUGAGCGAAUGUCACAGUAAGAGCACAACGGUGGAGUCUGUUCCCCCGUCAAAACAAAGCAUCAAGAAUGACAACCACCAGCAAACAGCAGGUGCUGCCCCCCACUCAUCAAUCACAGAAACAGCCAAUCAGAGCUCAGAGGUGCUCGGAGCGGAGCAGGAGGAGGCUGCUGCAGAGAGCUGUCCAAAAGCUAGUGCCUCUGAAGAGCUCACUGGUUUCUAUCCAGCCUCCCACCUGCCCAUUCUUAUGAAGGACAGCACUCUUGCCCACUGUGACAUGGAAACUAGAGAAGCCAUUCACAAUGGGUUGAUGCUCUCGUCCCUCAACAGCUCCGUGUCCGCCGACCCCUCGGCUGUCCCAGAGAAAGACGACACAGACCAAGAGGCUUCCUGUGUGAGAGCCAAUGCCUCCCUCAGCCCCAGCCCCUCCUGCCUCAGCGAUGUCAAAGCUGCUGCCAUCAAUUCCCCGUCCAAAUUGCUUAAGUUCCUGAAGAUCCCCUCCAUAGGAGAGAAAUCUCAGGCUUCAACCAGUCCCGUCCGUUUGAGUCCCCAGCUCACCCGUAACUCUAGGAUCCCCUGUCGCACCAACAACUACGAGGUGUACCAUUCUCCUGUCCCCACACGCAGAGCUACCACUACAGAAAGAUGCAGGCAGCCCCCUCCACCACCCUCCAGGUCUGAGUCCUACCCAGCCACACAUUCAGCUCCAACGUCCCCACCCCAGCCUGAGGAUGUGUGCUCCCCCCCAGCUAAGGAAAUAAGCUACAGCAGCCUCUCAGCACCUAAAGCCACUGCUGGCCCUAAGCUGGGCCCUGCCACUUCCUCCUCCUCCUCACCCAAAGUAUCCCAGAGGGUUCCUCAUUAUGAAAACGUCUCUGAUAUGUCUACCAACUCCAGAGAAGAAGAAGAACCACCCCAGGGCCUUGAAAAAAGAACCACACUUCCUUCCCAUACAAAGGUGAGUGGUGGUGAAAGGAAGCUAGUUAAGUCACUUCCAGAGAGCGUCCUCAACCCCCCUCCUCAACGCAAGCAAUCCUCGUCCUCCACUUCAGAAUCCACAUCAGAUGAGGAAGAAGAUACAGAGAGCCCAGUGUGGGUUAACCACCACAGCCUGCCCAACUCGUCUGCCCUCAGCAAAGUUCAGGGCAGAGCUAACUACGCACGAACCAAACAGGAGACAGAUGCAAGGGAGACUGCCAUGCAGAGUUCUGAGGUCGCCCAGGCUGCCCCUCCUCCUUUAGCUAAGAGGAGCGAUCCCUCAUCCAUCCCCAAGAGGCCGGGGACCGGGCCAGGGAGGUCCCCAGCUGAUUCCAGUCACCAUGCCUUCAAAGACAGGCUGGCUGCUCUGGGCAAGCUGAGGAGCUCUGAGGAUCUACAAGUGAGUCUAAGGCCAGUCGACGCGGCAAAUACAAACACACAGUGCAACGAGAGCAAUAUCACCUAUAGCGAUGAAAGGAGUAAGACAGCAGAGAGGUCCACUGAGCACCAUAAAGAGGAGCAAAGACAUUCAAAAUACACCGACUCUUUGGAUGGCAAACCUAAAAGUAGCAGCGGUGGUUUGAAGUACCCCGGGUCAUCUCAGUUGUAUGAACCAGGGUUGAAAUCUCUGCCCUCUGGUCCUGCAGUGGUCAAACCAGAACUGUGUGUGACCAAAACAGAGAGCCCCAAAAGUAAAAUAGGUCUGCCUUCCCCCAACGCAGAUGCUCCCCAGGUGCUACGCAACAACAUGAAAUGUCCUGGCUCCCUGAAUCUGGCCUACAGCGCUAAACCUGGCCUUGGCCCGCACAGCAGCAACAGCCCCAACAGGGUGCCCCCUAAAUCGCCUUCCAAACCUUGCCAGCCCCCCUCCAUCCACAAAGGGGGUAAACCUGAUGCCCCUCGCUACUCCUCUAAAUCAGAGGAAAGGUCAAAGAUCAGUGGGAAAGGGAAAAAGAACCCGAUGUAUGGAGACAGUCUCCCUCCUCCUCCUCCAAGACCUCCAACAUCGGACAGCCAAGAGGAUAAAGUGCCGCACGUGGUCCCCGUCCCGCAGUCGGCCAUCGAGCAGAAGGUGAUGAAGGGCAUCGAGGAGAAUGUGCUGAAGCUUCAGGAGCAGGACAGAGGAGGGCAGGGCGCCGAGGUCAAGCAGAAAGCCUCCAAUGGCAUUGCAAGCUGGUUCGGCCUGAAGAAAAGCAAGCUCCCAGCACUAAGCCGCAAGACAGACGCAACCAAAGCCAAGGACGAGAAGAGGGAGUGGAAGAUUAACAUUCCGUCAGUGGGGAAAGACUCUGUGAAGAUGGCCACCAGAUGUAAGGAAGGGGUGGAGGGUCUGAACAUCUCGACUCUGAUGGAGAAGGCAGAGGGACUGAGGAGAGCCCUGGAGGAGGAGAGGGCAUACGUAGAGAGGUCAGGCAGGGGUCACUCCUGUGAGGUGGUGAUGGACCAGGCUCAGGGCCAGCUGGCCGUCAUGUACAGAGGAGCACGCUCUGACAACUUCAUGCAGCAGCUACUAAACAGAGUGGAUGGAAAAGACAUGAUCAGUGUGCCCCAGCGCCGGCUCUCCUUUGACUGUAAGACCUCCAGGCCGGUGUUCAGUCAGCAGAGUGAUGUCAUCAGUCACACCACCAGCCGAGACGAUAUGGAAAAGGGAUCAGACAGAAUCAGCAACGUCACAUCAGACGAGAACCUGGCAGAUUCAGUUCACUCUCAGCACUUCGCAGGAUCUGGUGCUUCCACCUACACCCUGGACAGUGGCAUUGGUACUUUUCCCCUGCCCGACUGCAGCAGUGGUGCAACGGGAAGGAGCCUUUCCAAGACAAGGGCUGGGGCAGAUCACCAUGCCUCUGGCUCCCCAGGGAAGGCUGGGCGACGGGCCCGCACCCUGGACAGGGAGAUCACUUCACAAGAGGAGUGCUAUGCACCGCACAGACAGCUGAUUCCCACCAUUCAGUACGGCUCCAUGCUGGAGGGAAGGAGCACAACCGGUGUAAUCCGUGAAGACAAAGAGGCCCAUGGGGCGAACAUGUUCUCCCCCCGCUCCAAAACAUGGACCUUCCCCAACCUGAAGACCCCAGCAGGACCCGCAGAGGUGUACCUGGCAGUGGAGGAGGAGGAGGAGGAGGCAGUGUCCUACGGCUCACCCUUCAGAGGGAGUGUGAAGGCCGGUGGUCCCUCUUCCAGCCGCGUGGUUGACCCAGGCAGCCUGCCCGUCCCUGCUCAGUCGGGGAUGAGCCGCAGAGGGAAGACUCGCACUCCCAGCGUCCCAGAGAUGAGUCGGGAGGCCGGGCUUGAGCUGCUCAGGGAGCGGCCAGAGGAAGCUCUCUCCCCUAGCCGCCCUCAGGUCCUAGAGACCCCUGAGUCGCUCAGCGAUUCUCUGUAUGACAGUCUGUCGUCCUGCGGCAGCCAAGGAUGAUACGGCCGGGGAAGGGGGAGGACCGGAUGGACUGGAGAGGCGAAUGCUCACUAGUCUGGAGACUCGGAGACACACAUUAAGCCCUAGCAAUGUUUGUAACAUGUCUCCUGAUUGCUGGCUGUGCUGUGAUGCUGCUGACCCCGCCACCUUUGAGGAACAUAGAAAAGAAACUGUGCUUUGUUGAUGCCUGCCGGACACUCUGCUGAUGAUGCCGUCUCAUCAUCUGUGACUCUGUUGCAACUGGAAAGAUGGAUUGAUGGACUUCUCCUCAGGAUUUCUAAUCAACAUGAAACCAAAAGCCACCCAAAUAAUAUAGGUCGUUCACCUUCACUUUUUCACAAUGAAAUCGACUGUGGACACUUAUUCAUGUAUACAGGACUACAAAAAAAGCAUGGGCAAGCUAAUGAUUAUCACACAAAUUGUCACUCCUGAUAUGAGUACUUUUUUCAGCUGAAUUUUGCCUCAUUCCUAUCUUGUUUUGCACCCUGGUAGAGGGUUCUUUAUUAUGUACUUCAUGGAAGCGCUGUAGCGCUGACCAGUCAAAUAACCGACAUACUGUACCAAUACAUCCAUUCUGUUCUUGACAUCAGUUCACAACAUAAUGUACUGAAAAAUGGUAUUUCCUCAUUGAGCUCCUAAAAAAAAAAAAAAGAAUGUUCAUGUCUGAUUCAAUUGCUAAACUCAUGUAUCACAAUUUUAAUGUAAAAAAUUUUAUUGAUCAUGUUGAGAUUAUUUCUCUUUUGCAACCAAGGGAGGUUGUCAGAAUAUGUCUGUGUUUUAAAAUCAUAAUACGUUUAAAGGUAAUAUAUACCAGCAAUAAUAUCAUAGAAAAGAGAAAUGGCUACACUAUUCAAUGAAUAAGUAUUUCUAUUAUUUAUUUAUUUUAAGUGAAAUGUACAUCAUUUGCAGUCAUCUUUUUUUGUAAUCUUUCUGUGAAAAUUGCAGUCUCCUUGCUUAGUAGGUUAUGUUCAUAUCUCGUAUGUCAACAUCUCUGUUGCCGUCUGUUCUCUAGCUAAUAGAGGUCAUAUGUACCUACUGCCAUUUUUUCAACUUUCUAAUUAAAAUGUUUUGAUUUA